UCGAUAAAAAUUCAUCCAAUUUGCAAAAAACUAUUUUUAAAUAUCAUUCAAAAAUUCUCCAAGUUUUAUAAGAUGACAUUUGUACCAAAAACAGCAUCCUCUACGUUACAGGAGAGCAAAAUUCCAUAAAUUUUACAAAAUUAUCCUUAAAUGUGAACCAAAAAUAUUGCAAACCUUCAGAAAAAACAAAUCGAUAGCAUAAACAAUGCAUAUGAAAAAGAAAUUUCUUCCAUCGAUACAGAAAGGAUUGAUUCAAUAAAUAAAAAUUCACCCAUUCCAUAAAAUUAUUUUUAAAAACUAUUUAUAUCAAGCAUCAAAUUUUAUGCUGGAAGAUAAUAUUGGUACCAAAAACUACUCUCAAAUAUCAACCAAAAAAUACUCCAAACCCUAACAUUCUGUACAAAUUUAUCAGAGUAUAUUUACAAUUAUAUGAAAAGGGAGCAUUGAUACCAAAGAUAAUCUGUAUAUGAAAGAGUUGAAUAGAAACCAAUAAAAUUGAAACUACCCUCAAAUAUCAAUCAAAAAAUACUGGAAACUCUCAUGUUCUCCACAAAUUUACUCCUAGCAGAGGAUGCUUAUGAUAAGAUGAAAAAGGAGCAAAGGUACCAAACAAGAUCUACAUAUCAAGGGUUAAAUAUAAACCAAUAAACUUGCAUUCAUCCUAAGAAACUACCCUCGAAUAUGAAUGAAAAAAAUACCCUAAACCCUCAUAUUCUCUACAAAUUCACUCCUACUCGAUAAGAUGAGAGAGGAAUCUGGUAUCAAUGAUGAUUUACAUAGAAAGGAUCGAAUACAAACCAAUAAAAAUUCCAUCCAUCCUACGAAACUACCCUCGAAUACGAAUGAUAAAAAUACCGUAUAAACCCUAACAUUCUCUACAAAUUUACUCGAUAAGAUGAGAGAGAAAUCUGGUAUCAAUGAUGAUUUACAUAUGAAAGGAUCGAAUACAAACCAAUAAAAAUUCCAUCCAUCCUACGAAACUACCCUCGAAUACGAAUGAUAAAAAUACCGUAUAAACCCUAACAUUCUCUACAAAUUUACUCGAUAAGAUGAGAGAGGAAUCUGGUAUCGACGAUGAUUUCCAUACGAAAGGGUGGAAUAUGAAAUAUGAAUAAAAUAAAAAUUCCACCCCCUCGAGGAAACUACCCUCGAAUACGAACGAAAAAAAAAAAUCGUAUAAACCGUCAUAUUCGGUUAGAAAAUUUACUCGUAGCAGAGGAUACUCACGAUAAGAUGAAAAAGGAGCGAACUGGUAGCGAAGACAGCAUGGUCUCCACAGUCCUCCCCCGUUGUCCUCCACCGGUGCGCAGCUGGGCGUGCCAUCAGGGGCGCGUCCACGGAAACGUUUCGAAGGCAUGGAUUGGUCGAGGAUGGCUGAGAAACAGGUACGAAAGUUGCUCGAACACGUUUUGCUCGGUGUCGGGCAUAGAGCUGGCAGACUGGCGGUCUCGAAGCGGCACGGAUUCCCCACCAACGGUUUCACCUUUGGGAAGGCCAGAAUGGGAGUGGCCAAACGUUAGUUACCCCGGUGACGAGUAGUUGUCGAGACUAGUCAGGAUCAGGGAACCGAUCUGUCGAGGUCCAGCGCACAUUUGUUGCACCGUUCAGAAGAAAUCAUCGCCUCUGUGUUUUCCUCCGAGGAGACAGGUGUCUAUCAGAUGCAAGGAGAGAGCGGGGGAUAGAGGGGAAAGAAGGGAGCUGGAUCGCGAGCAGAUCGAUCCUUGAUCGACGUGGCGGAUAUUACGUAUGUGCCUUAGAUUACGUAUACGCGUGCGAGGGAAAAGGGAAGAAAGAAAAGGGAAGGGAGGAGAGGAGAGGAGAGGAGCGGGGGGGAAGAGCGACAUCGUACAAGAGUACAUACAUUGAGAUGAACUGUUGUGUCGUUGGACGAUGUUCGAUAAGGACUCGGUUCGGAGACAGUGACAUAUUCCGUAUCGUGACGUAGGCCGAUCUUUUGGGCGGAGGAGGCGUGGAAACGGUGGUGUGAGAGAGACAGAGAGAGAGAGAGGGGCGUUUUGUGACGUUCUUUUCGGUUUUUUUUUUUUGUGAAAGAAAAACUGGUGGUGGCGCGAACGCGCUGAAAUGACGGUGACCACUAACUUCUCGAUGAUGCGACCUUGCUUCACUGGAUACCCGUUUCAAGAUUUGGGAUCGAUACCAGGUCAAGGACGCGUCAAUCAACUCGGUGGUGUGUUUAUAAAUGGAAGACCAUUGCCUAAUCAUAUUCGUCUAAAAAUUGUGGAGAUGGCAGCCGCUGGUGUUAGACCUUGCGUUAUCUCGAGACAGUUGAGGGUGUCUCACGGAUGCGUGUCGAAGAUCUUGAAUCGGUACCAAGAGACGGGGAGCAUCAGGCCGGGCGUGAUCGGCGGCAGCAAGCCCAGAGUCGCCACGCCCGAAGUCGAGGCACGGAUCGAGGAGUACAAACGCGACAAUCCGGGGAUAUUCUCGUGGGAGAUUCGGGACAGGUUGAUCAAGGAGGGAAUCUGCGACAGGACGAGCGCGCCAAGCGUCUCGGCGAUCUCCAGGCUUCUGAGAGGUCGCGAUCCCGAGGACGAGGCGAAACUUGGCGACGGUAAAACGAGUUCCGGAUCCGAUUGCGACAGCGAGCCCGGAAUUCCGUUGAAGAGGAAGCAGCGUAGAAGCAGAACCACGUUCACCGCCCACCAACUGGACGAAUUGGAACGGGCGUUCGAGAGGACCCAAUACCCGGACAUCUACACGAGAGAGGAGUUGGCGCAGAGGACGAAAUUAACCGAGGCUAGGAUCCAAGUGUGGUUCAGCAAUAGAAGAGCGAGGCUGAGAAAGCAGUUGUCUUCGACCACUUCCGGCGGUUACGUCAGCUCUGUCGCGUAUCCCGCGGCUUCCUACGUCCUCCACCCCCCCGCCGCUCCCCAUCCACACGCGGCAACCGCCGUUCCACCGAGUCAUCCGCAUCCUCAUCCCCAUGGACAGAGCCUGCCCGACACCACCUUCUCCUCGAGUCAAGUUCCAGAAUUGUACUCCUCGCACCACGGGACGAUGUCCCACCAGCUGACGCCAGAUUCGACCCGGCUCCCUUCAUCCGUCGGCUCGACGCCGACUUACGGCCUCCCCGCAUCGGUCACCUAUCCAAGCUCGCUGUUGCCGGCCACGUCGUCCACCAGCACCACCCACAUGAACCACCAAGUGUCGGCAGCCGCUGCGGUGUCCUCGUCCACCUAUCAACAGGCGAGCGGCCAUCAGCUUCCGCCAACCCCCAACUCCCUCGUCACGAUGAUGGGCCCGAAUUCCGGCAGCUCGAACCCUGCCUCCGACCAGCUCACCUCCACGGAUCUGCCGAUCAACAACUCCGUGUCCCCCGUGUCCCAACAGCAGCAACAGCAAACCGGCCAACAGCAAGGGGGCAGUUCGUCCCCGUCGUGGAAUCUUCCCAUUUCAGGGAGCGGAAGGGUUGGACUUCCCAGUCCCCCGCCGACUCUUCAACAACCCCACGCGCACACCGCGCAUCCCCAUCAAGCUUUCGCGACCCAUUACGGGGCCCAAGGCUUCCAGCAACCACCCAGACCUGCCCCCCAUCAACCUUUCUACAGCUGGUACUGAGGCCAGUUCCGGUGAAAACAGAAAUAACACGGAACAGAGUUGAUGUAAUAACAUUGCCAGAUUCUCUUAUAUUAGUGUGAUUAUAAUGGAGGAAGAAAUUGUUGUUCGAUCGUCGUUCAUCGAGUAAAGUUAUUUGUUAGAAUAAUUCAAGAAACUGUUACGAUACGAACGAAAGUGUACUCGAAUAUUCGAUCUUUCAGAACUGUGUUUAAAAGUAUUUAAACGAAUCGUAGGUAUAAAUGAAGGAAGGAAGGAAG